UUGAUUACAGAAACGAAACCGGAACCCGCGAAAUUUCGUGAUUAAAGUUCAAAAUUUAUCUCAAUUAGUCUUCUUAGAUUAGUCUUCUUAAUUCUCAAUUAGUCUUCUUAAGAUUAAAUUCAGUCUUCCUUUAUAUUUGAAAAGUGUUAUUUUGGGUUCUUGUUUAUGAUAUUCAUUUGAAUUUGUUAACCCGCUAAGAUUCUGUUCAAGAGCAUACGCCGCGAAACAAACAUCCACCCUUCCUUCGUUUCUUGUUAAUUUUGGAGUUAUUUUCCCACGAUAAAUAUAGGUUCAUUGCUUUUCUUUUAUCUUCAGAAACAUUUGCAACAGCAACGCCUGUGUUGAUAUUUCAAAGUUGUAAAGUUAUGUCUCUCUCAGAUGGUAAAAUGCAAGCUAUCAGUGUUGAAAAGUUUGGAUCUGAGGAAGUACUUGAAUUAAAAUUAGUUGAUAUACCUACUGCAUCGGCAUCCACGGUUGUUGUAAAAGUAAUUGCAGCUGGGGUCAAUCCUGUGGAUACUUAUAUUCGUGCAGGACUUUUCUCUUAUGGACCUGAACUGCCAUAUACUCCAGGAAAGGAUGGAGCUGGUAUCGUUCAUGAAGUAGGGGAGGGUGUCCCUAAAUUUGAAGUUGGGCAGCGAGUGUUUAUCUGUAAUGUGAGUUUACAAAAGUAUGGCACUUAUGCUGAAUAUACUGUUGUAAAAGAAGACGAACUCUUUCCUUUGCAUGAUAACCUGACUUUUGAGCAAGGGGCAGCUUUAGGAGUUCCUUACUUUACUGCUCACAGAGCCCUUGUUAUUAAAACAAAAUGCUCUGCUGGCGAGACAGUUUUAAUACAUGGUGCAAGUGGUGCUGUGGGCCUUGCUGCAGUGCAAAUUGCGAAACAUCUUGGACUCACAGUCAUUGGUACAGCGGGAACAGAGGAUGGUGUGUCAUUGGUCAAACAGACAGGGGCUGAUUUGGUAGUUAAUCACAAACAGAAAGAUUACUUUGAAAAAAUCCAGGAAUACACUGAGAAUACUGGUGUGAAUAUAAUUCUGGAAAUGCUGGCAAAUAAGAACCUUGACAAAGAUUUGGAUAUUCUUGCUAAAAGAGGUAGAUUAGCUAUAAUAGGAAGUAGAGGGCCCAUACGAAUUGACCCAAGGAAAAUGAUGAUGCCUGAACAUGAAAUUUAUGGUAUUGGAUUGCUAAACAGCAACAAAGAGGAAUGGCAACAGAGUGCAGAAUUUAUUUUGAAAAGCAAUGAGGAAGGUUGGGUGAAGCCAUUCAUUGGCAAGUCAUAUCCUAUGGAGAAUGCAAGUAUUGCACACAAAGAUAUCAUCCAUUCAUCAGGAGCAAAAGGAAAAAUCAUUUUAGUUAAUCAGAAAUAGUUACUGAAUGUAACAUUUCAGAGUUAUUCAGGAGCUUUGUAAACAGUAAUCAAAACAUAUGAAGGCUAAGUUCAUAUUCAUGCAUCCAAAAAUCAAGUGUAAAUUUCUUUGUUUGAAUGGCCUUUUUUUUUUUUUUUUUUUUUUUUUUAGACUUUUUAAUAUUUAUGCAUGAAAUGCUGUAAAUUUCUCAAAUACAAAGGAAGGAUAAUUUCUAUGGUUUAAAAAUAUUGUAAUAGUUAGAUGUUGUCAUUAAGUUAAUAUGCUAGAUUGAAUAAAAUAUUUUUUUAUAUAUUAUAA